GCUGGGAAAAUCUCUUGGCAAGCAGAGUGUUGUGUGUCCGUGUGCGCGUGCAGAGAGAUAUUGCUGAAGUCAAAAACAGGAAGAGAAGCUCGAGCGGCACAUACUCUGACACUCUUCACCUCUCUGGUCGUCACAGUUCUGUCUUCAGCAGAGGUUUGUGUCUCAUGGGCAAAGUGAAGGAAAAGCCGGGGCCCUUGGCUCGGAGGCCCGACAACUCUGCCUUCAAACAGCAGAGGCUGCCCGCCUGGUCUCCCAUGCUAACAGCUAACACUGUCCUGCCCUUCUUCUACUUAAUGGCUCUGAUAUGUUUGCUGCUGGGAGUGUGGCUGCUUCUGACAGUGCAGAGCACACAUGAAAUAAAGGUGAGUGUGUUUCUGGACAUUUCUUUUUUAUUAUUAUUUCAGUUUAUGUGAAAUAUUGUGAUGGAAUAAACAAAGUAUUCACAUGUGUGAGGGAGACAGAGUGAGGAAGUUGCCAAAUACCCUUGUGUGCAAUAAAAAAAGGGAGUGACAAAGCGAGGAAAGAUCCAAGGUUAUGUUUGGAGUUAGGUAAACAGGAAAAGUUUUUCUUUCUUUUUUUUUUAAUUCAUACUCUUCCUUCAUCAACUCUCUCUCUUGUCCUCGCAGAAGGACUACACAGACUUGGGGACAUGUCAACUAUGCCAUGAAAUGCGUAAAGAUGUUAGCAACGCUAACAAACCGUGCAGCUGCAGAGUAGAUAUUCCUGUUGAGAAAGCUCUCAAGGUAACUGCCUCCAAGUUCAUCCACAUAGUUUGCCAAAGUCAAUCAUAUGGUGUCAGUGAGUCAAGGUGAACCAAUGUUUAAACAUCUCCAAAAUGUUGAUGAUAUUUUUUCUGCUUCAUCCAUCCAGGGAGAUGUCUUCAUCUACUACGGCCUUCGAAACUUCCAUCAGAACCUUCGUAGAUACAUGGACUCCAGAGAUGAUGGACAGAUGCUUGGCCGGCAAAACAAAUUAAAGGUAGCUCCUGAUGUUUUCCAGUCAUUUAUGGCAGCUGGAAUACUGAUUUAAGCUUAAAGGAGAUACCAACACAGCUGCAAUUACAUAUCCGACAUUAUUUUGUGAUUAAAAUACCACGAUAAUAGAGCCCAGUUGUGGCCACAUAGUUUAAAUCUCAAACUAUGUUGGUCGACUGACGCAGGUAAAUGAAGAACAGUCAAAGGUUUUAUUCACAGUGAUGGUGAUGUGAUGAUUUACAGUGCACCUGGGUAUCAUCAUGACUUAUUAUGCAAAUUAAAAAGUCAUACCUACGCAGCAGAUGAAGCCAUCAGUUUAAAAAGAGACCGUAAAACUGAGGCUGUCAGCAGAAACACCGUCACGGCAGUGCCGUGAAAUAAAAGUUUGUCUUUGUGUGCUAUUUUGUCCCUUUGAGCAGACCAUAGUUCAGCCACUGUCGUGUUUUCCUGCUUCCUGCUGCUGCCAUCUUUGGAAAUAACACCUCUGCACACUUGAAGAAUAAACGUCCACAUGAUUGUGUUGACUUCGUGUCAUACAGAACACAAGCUUCACCAAAGAGGGCCUGUUUCAGGUUUCAGCCACCUCCUUUGUGUGAAGCAUACAGGUGUCAGCUAAGAAUCACUUUGGAGUGUACCAAUAGAAACACUUUGAGGUUGUCCUACCGCCAAGUCAUGUUUCAUACCACAUCGGUGUAGCACUGCAGCAUUUUUUUUAACAGUAAGUUGUGAUCAGAAGGCACAUUGCAGUACAUUCAUAGGCGUCACUUUGGGUUAUUAACAAAGACUGAAAAAACUCUUAAAUGAUAAAAAGAACUUUAAACGUGGUGAGAAAUAUUCUUAUACUCAGUUUACUAUUGAAAUGCAGUGAUUAAUUAUGACUUUGAAAACUGAAUGUCUUGACAGCCCUUAAUUAUAUGUGGAACUAUCUCUGAUUGCAACAAAGGACACGUCUAAUUAUUAAAGGUGAUGAUAUCAGUCACACCUAAACACAGCAGAGUUGUAUGAUUAAAGAGAUUAAGGGCCUAGCCAACAAAAUUAUAGAUACCUAAUGACAGAUUUAGGGAAUUAAAGAUGAAAAAUAUUUAUAAAUAAAAUGUGAAAAUUUCAUCUCAUUGUUACUGCUAGAUAAAUCGACAGUCUUUUCAUUUAAGUACCUAAAAUCUAUAUUUAAAUGCUUAAUCUUGAAUUGACUCAGCAUUAAUCCUAAAUAAGAGGGUUUUCAAUAACAAGAUCUGUAUCUGUACAGAAAUACGUAUCUGUAUGUGUUAUAGCCUAGACUUUGACUUUGACUUGAUUUCACUGAUAAAGAACCAAAAUCCCAUUAUCUUAUCUUGUGUGUUUUGAUAAAACCCUUUAUGAUCUUCUCUUUAAACACGGCUAUCACGAAACAUCAGUGAGCGGAUUCUAUUUAGAUGCUGAGUGAGUUAAAGUUUUUGCUUAAAGAUCCUGCUAGGAGUUUUUUCAAGUUUAAAUAAUCAACUGAAUUCAUAUUGAUGCCUUUUUACGGGGCACAAAUGCAAAUAAGACCAUCAGCAGCAGAACUGAUGAUUUUCAUAUUGUAGUUUUUAGGGCCUCAAAGCAGUGUGAGGGAUCAGGUGUCAGUGUACAGCUGAAGAAAGAGACGUUUUUUCCAGUUUCAGUGUAAAAUUGGACGAUAUAUUUUUUACACAAUCUAAACGUUCCUCACUGGAGCUUUAUUAAUUCACUUCCACCCCUGAAACUGUUUCACAUUGUUAAUCAUCAAAAAUAACCUAUCUCAGUUUCUCUUUUGAUCUUGUCCGACCAGGAUCCCAGUACAUACUGUAUGCCCUUCAGGAAGGACAAGGAUGGACGUCCCAUCGCCCCCUGUGGUGCUGUGGCCAACAGUAUGUUUAAUGGUGAGAACCAGACCAGAUCAGAUCAUCCUCAUCAAUUUUUUUCUUUUGCUGAACUCACAUCUUCCUGUCCCACAGACACCUUCAUACUGAAAUAUCAUGGCCGCAGUGGUCCCGAAGUAGUUCCUUUGCUACGAACGGGCAUCACAUGGUACACUGACAAAAAUGUCAAGUACCGCAAUCCAAAGACGCAAGAAAACUUCACACUGGCUCAAGAGUUUAACGGUGAAAAAGAUAUGUCUUUGAAUGUGUGUUUGAGUUUUUGGUCAGUCCUUGUGUAUCUCAGAUCUCUUACAGUGGGUCUCAUUAUAGGUACAGCAAAGCCUCCCUUCUGGGGGAAGCCUGUGUAUGAGCUUGAUGAACAUAACCCAAUCAACAACGGCUUCAUCAACGAAGCCCUGAUCGUUUGGAUGAGGGAGGCAGCCUUCCCCAACUUCAAGAAGCUCUAUGGGGUUUUACACCGAGCCCAAAAGCCCUUUAUCAAUGGUCUACCAGUGGGGAACUACAGCGUCGAGAUUUCCUACAGUAUCCUUUCACUGCUGAAUUUUAGUCUGUUUUAAAAAUGCUGCAACAAGCAGCAACCUUGAGAUUCAUUCUCACCAACAUCAUGGUGACCAAACGCUGACCUCCAGACUUAAAAAAAACCAUAAGGUGACGUCACAGCGCCAUAGUCGUUAUUUAUAGCCUAUGAGUUGCACGUGUCCCAUUGUGUAUGUUUGUUUCCUUUGUCUUAUCUCAUGUUAAACACUUAAACACAUGCAUAUAGACAGGGACUAUUUUAAGCUCGUUUCCAUUCGGCUCUUCUCUGUGAUCACCUAUUUUCAGCCUUGACCUCCACCUCUCUGCAGACUUCCCUGUGCAGUACUUCCGAGGCAGAAAGGAAGUGGUGCUGACCACGCUGACCUGGUUUGGAGGUCAGAACCAUUUCCUGCCCAUCGCUUACCUGGUAACCAGCAGCCUGAUCUUCCUGAUGGCUGUCGGUCUGACGGUGGUCUGGUGGAAAUAUGGAAAAGGUGGGAAGAACAUGAAAGCAUGAAGAGUAAGGAUGUGGAUGUAGAUGAUUAAAGAGCAGGAUAGAAAUAAGAAUUAAUUCAGUAAGAUACCUCAGCAGAGGAUGCUCCAAAAACAAUGAGGAAUAAGGUUUUAAAAUUAUUUCUCCUGUUAGCCAAAUGACCCUGAAAUAUUAGCUUUUAUAGCAAUGAUGCUCCUCUGAAAUUUUUAUGGGCUACUUUUUUAACCUGUUUGUACUUGAUGAAUUUUUACAUGUUUAAAUACACACCAUUUUAGUCCUGCACUGCUCUUAUGUGUUCAUACAGCUGUAUUUAUUAUUAAUGUUGAAUUAACAAUCAGAUUUUUGUCUCAGUUGAGUUUGUCGUCUUUUGUAUCUCAAAUAAGAAAACUCUUUGACGCUCCUUUUCAGAGGUUUAGAGAGUUGUUUCUGAACAUGGACAUUCCUCUCUCUCUCUCUCCUCAUUAUUGAUCACUAACAUUGUCACUGAUUAAAAAAACUGGCAUACUUCUUUGUAAACCACAUCACACAGCAUGCCACUGGGAACUUUUUAUUCUCAGUGGUUUUGUAAUGGUGGUCUGUUGAUAUCCUUAAGCCAGAAAAAUCAACCAAAAUGUUGACGUUUAUCCUUAAAACUUUUAAUAUUUCUGAACCAAAAUCGAUUUUGAUCUUUGGAGCAACUCUGCUAUCCUCAGGGAAAAUUAAACACGAUUUUAGGAGCUGAUACUUCAUUGGGAAAUGUGAGUUCUGCUUGAUGUACUUGAAGUGUUGCUGGGAAAUCUGAACUUAAUUGAAGUCUGCAUUUAAUGUAGCCUAACGUGUCUGUAAGCUAAGUAAAUAGACCUCAGCCACAUGUCUAAGUCUCUGUAAUGGCCUGUAACACUAAAUACAGAUGUAAAUAACUUUCUUGAUGACUUUUGCAUUUUUUACAUCCUGUAUGAAUAAAUGUGCUGUGAAAAAACAAA